AUGGAAAGCGAGCAAUAAGAUACAAAUCUUGAAUUUGUCCCUAUUUUAAAUCAUCUUCCUGAAAUUUACCAUGAUAACAAUGGAGAGGUAAAACAAAAGCAUGAGGGAAGGUUUAAAAAUCUCAAAGAUAGAUUUAAGCAGAUCUAUGGAGUUGUUCCUAAAUACUUCUGCAGAGCUCCAGGUAGAGUAAAUAUCAUUGGAGAGCACAUUGACUAUUGUGGAUAUUCUGUACUUCCAGCUGCUAUAGAAUAAGAUUUUGUAAUGGCUUAUGUCCUUAAUGAAGCAGAUGAGAUUGAAUUAAAUAACAUAGAUAAAGAUCAAUACCCAGCUGAGAAAAUAUCUACUGAUCCAUUUUAAAAAUUCAAAGAGGGUCCUCACUGGAUAAACUAUUUCUUGUGUGGAUAUAAAGCGGUACUGGCUAUUGAUGAGAAAUACUACAGCCAAGUUACAAAACCAAGAGGAUUAAAAAUAAUGAUUGAUUCACUUGUUCCACCUGCUGCUGGUGUCUCAUCUAGCAGUGCCUUUACUGUCUGUGCUUCAAUUGUUGCACUUCAUGCAAAUGGUCUUGAAACUAAAAUUCCUAAAGGUGAUCUAAGUAAAUUAUGUGUUUUAGCUGAGAGAAUGGCUGGUACUGCUUGUGGAGGAAUGGACCAAACAAUAUCUAUUUUCGCUGAGAAAAAUCAAGCUAAGUUAAUAGAAUUUAAUCCAACACUUAAAGCUAUUGAUGUUAAAAUCCCAGCAAGUGUAGUUUUAGCAAUUGGAAAUUCUUUAACCCCUAGUCCUAAAUUACUCACUCUAGGUACUAGAUAUAACAAGAGAGUGGUUGAAUGUAGAUUUGCCCUUCUUAUUUUAGCCUUAAGAACUGGUGAUAUUAGCCAUGCUAAAGAACAAAAAUUCAAAAACUUCUAUGAAUUCUAAAAGCAUUUAGGCUACUCCUAUUAAUAAAUGCUAGAAUUAGUUUCUAGUCACUUAUAGAAGGGAGGUUAUACUCCUGAUAAGGUUAAAAAAGAAUUAGGUAUUGAUGAUUUAACCGAUCUUUUGAAAGAUAUACCCUACGCAAACGAAGUGAUCUCUUAAAAUUACUAAUUUCAUCUAUUUGAAAGAGCAUAUCACGUCUUUGGUGAGGCAUCGAGAGUUUAUGAAUUUAAGGAACUUUGUGAUGAUGAAACUUUGGAUGAGGCUGUAAAGGUUUAAAAAUUAGGUUAGUUGAUGAAUGAUAGCCACAAAAGCUGUAGAGAUUUGUAUGAUUGUUCCUCCCCUGAGUUAGAUGAAAUUACUUAAUUAUCUAGAGAUUCGGGUGCUUUAGGAAGUAGACUUACAGGUGCUGGAUGGGGAGGAUGCAGUGUUUCACUCAUUCCUAAAGAUAAUCUAGAAUAAUUUCUUGAUAAAGUAUUUACUUAUUAUACCAAAGAAAGGGAACCAGGCUAUCAACUAUGGAUAACUGAUGAUUUGGAAAGAUAUCUUUUCGCUACUCAGCCAGGUAAAGGAGCUUGUAUUUUAGAUCCCCAAUAUUGUCUCUGGAUGUGA